GCGCGCGCCACCACGAUGAGAGGCCUCCUCGCGUGCGCCACGCUGGCCCGCCGCGCCGCCAACUCCUCCUCCUCCGGCGGCGGCGCCGCCGCGCGCCGCCACCUCGCCGGCGCGGCGGUGGCCGCCGAGGCGGAGCUCAAGAAGACGGCGCUCUACGACUUCCACGUCGCGCACGGGGGCAAGAUGGUGCCCUUCGCCGGCUGGAGCAUGCCCAUCCAGUACAAGGACACCAUCAUGGACUCCACCCUCAACUGCCGCGCCAACGGCAGCCUCUUCGACGUCUCCCACAUGUGCGGCCUCAGCCUCCACGGCUCCCAGGCCAUCCCCUUCCUCGAGUCCCUCGUCGUCGCCGACGUCGCCGCGCUCAAGGACGGCACGGGGUCCCUCACCGUCUUCACCAACGAGAAGGGCGGCGCCAUCGACGACUCCGUCGUCACCAAGGUCACCGACACCCACAUCUACCUCGUCGUCAACGCUGGGUGCAGGGACAAGGACCUCGCCCACAUCGGGGCGCACAUGGAGGCCUUCCAGAAGAAGGGAGGCGACGUCAAGUGGCACAUACACGACGAGCGCUCCCUCCUCGCCUUGCAGGGCCCUCUUGCUGCACCAACUCUCCAGUUCCUAACAAAAGAAGAUUUGACCAAAAUGUACUUCAGUGACUUCAAGAUAAUUGACAUCAAUGGUUCUACGUGCUUCCUCACCAGAACUGGUUACACUGGUGAAGAUGGAUUUGAAAUCUCUGUGCCAUCAGAGAAUGCGGUCGAUCUUGCAAAGGCCCUGCUGGAGAAAUCUGAAGGCAAGAUAAGGUUGACUGGCCUGGGUGCCCGUGACAGUCUUCGCCUGGAGGCUGGCCUCUGCCUGUACGGCAACGACAUGGAGCAACACGUCACGCCAGUUGAGGCCGGCCUCUCGUGGGCGAUCGGCAAGAGGAGGAAAGCGGAGGGUGGCUUCCUGGGCGCGGAUGUGAUCCUCAAGCAGCUCAAGGAAGGCCCGAAGAUUAGGCGUGUAGGCAUCUUUUCACAAGGACCACCCCCGCGGAGUCACAGCGAGAUCGUGAGCAGCACCGGGGAGAACAUCGGUGAGGUGACCAGCGGAGGGUUCAGCCCGUGCCUGAAGAAGAACAUCGCCAUGGGGUAUGUGAAGAACGGCCUGCACAAGGCCGGGACGGAGUUCAAGGUGGUCGUCCGUGGGAAGUCAUACGACGCUGUUGUCACCAAGAUGCCCUUUGUGCCCACCAAGUACUACAAGGGCCCUUAGAUUGUACAAAAAAGGAUGCAGUUUUCUCUUGGAAUUCUCCCGUGGCAGCUUGUUCAAGACAUGCUGCUUGAAUGCUGCAACUGUAACCUCUGUCAGGCUUCCUCUUACAGCUUGACAUUUCAUCUCUACCCAUCAAAUAAUAUAUACCAGUGCGUGGUGUUUUUCCAGAA